UCCCUGGCGCCGGCAUCUUCAGUUUGGGCACCCGGCUGUGACAGCUUGCAGCUUCACAGCUGGGUGCCCACUGCGCCUGCCUCCCCCUCUCCAAAGGUCUGCACUCUCUGGUCAUCUCCUGUACUAUGUCAGCAGUCUCUGGUCAUCUCUGUACUCAUGUCUGCAGUCUCUGGACAUCUUCUGUACUGUCUCCUCAGUAUCUGGUCAUCUCCUGUACUAUGUCCACAGUUUCUGGUCAUCUCCUGUACUAUGUCUACAGUCUCUGGUCAUCUCCUGUACUGUGUCCACAGUCUCUGGUCAUCUCCUGUAGUAUGUCCACAGUCUCUGGUGAUCCCUUGUAAUAUGUCAACAGUCUCUGGUCAUCUCCUGUACUAUGUCUGCAGUCUGGUCAUCUCCCGUACUAUGUCCGCAGUCUCUGGUCAUCUCCUGUAAUAUAUCUGCAGUCUCUGGUCAUCUCCUGUACUAUGUCCGCAGUCUCUGGUCAUCUCCCGUACUAUGUCCGCAUUCUCUGUUCAUCUCCUGUACUAUGUCUACAGUCUCUGAUCAUCUGCAGUAUGUCUGCAGUCUCUGGCCAUCUCCU